CGAGAUUCGCCCGUGCAUCGUCCAGAGUGCACCGUGGCUCGGCCAGGCGGGGACGCGGCGCCGCGUGCCGUCUCUAUUUAUAUAUUGACGCGCCCCGCACCCUCGCGCACGCGCAAUGCGCACCUGAAAACGUCGAAAGUGAAAAUUGCACAUAAUGGUACCGCACGGUGCACUGCGCCGCUCACGGGACUAGAUAUAACUACACACGAGAAACGCGCGAGGAACCCGGCACCGGCGGCUUGUAGCGGGCCGCUAGGAUGGCCGUUGAGCGCACGCCGACACCCGGCACUGCGGCAGUUCUGCGUCACAUAUCAGCUGUACCGGCGCGCUCGUGACGUCUCGUGUUCGAGCCGGCGCGAUGGCGUCCACGAUGCAGCUGGAGUUCACCCAGGCGAUGACGGAUUUUAAGACGAUGUUCCCGGACAUGGACGACGACGUGAUCGAGGCGGUGCUGCGCGCGAACCAGGGCGCCGUGGAUGCCACCAUCGAUCAGCUGCUGGCGAUGAGCACCGACAACCAGAACGAGAGGUUGCGGCUGGAGAUGGAGAGGGUGGAAGGUGCGAGCCCGCGCAGGCCGCGCCGCACCCCGCGCCCGCAGCGCAACGGCGAAGACAACGACACCACGGCACUCGUAGACAUCGACGACGACUCAAUACCGCUAGCCGUACGAAGGAAAUGGGUACCGCGAAUGCUUGGACCUUUACCGCCCAUGUUUCUGCGCAUACCACCUGGCACUGACGCGCGAAUAGACCUGAGUUUGGACAUGGACGAUGACCGCAUAGCCACGUUUCUGCAGAAUGAGGAGUUCAUGGCUGAACUCAGGUGGAACCAGGAGUUCAUGGCGGCGUUGGAUAGUGAGCAGGGGAAGACCAAGGGUGAUGACGAAGCCGAUUUUAAGGAGCGGCUUAAGAAUAUGGGGAAACUAUCGCGCAAGAAGUUCGCACAACUGUCGCGCAUGUUCUCGCGCAGCGCGGGCGCGUCGCGGCGCUCUGGCGGUGCGCGCGCGCCGCCGCGCGGUCCGCCCGACAGCCUGCUGCUGCAGGAGGAACACAGCGACGACGAAGACCAUCACCGGCCACACAAGGUUUAACUGCACAGUACGACAACUAUUAACGGGUAGACUUUUAG